UAAAAUAAAAAAAGGAAAGAAAAGUGAAUUACUGCAGAUGCAGCUAGGUUAAAAUUGAACAUAAAAAAAAGCUUUAUACCAAAAUCCAUACUUGGAGACAGUGAAUAUAUGAUGUAAAUAUAUACUUAUAACAAUAUUAUCUGUAACUUAACUCAGUUCUCAUUUACUUGGAAAAAAUACAUUUUGUUACAAAUAAUUUUCAGCGGAUUAAAAAGUGAUUAUUUGUUCUUUACAGUAAGAUGUAUGAUGUAUGGGUUUGGAGAUGACCAGAAUCCUUACACGGAGUCAGUGGAUAUCCUUGAAGACCUUGUCAUAGAGUUCAUCACGGAAAUGACUCACAAGGCAAUGUCAAUUGGAAGACAAGGUCGAGUACAAGUUGAAGAUAUUGUCUUUCUGAUUCGAAAGGACCCGAGGAAGUUUGCUAGGGUUAAAGACUUGCUGACUAUGAAUGAAGAAUUGAAAAGAGCUAGAAAAGCAUUUGACGAAGCAAACUAUGGAUCAUGACAGUGUUUUGUAUUUUCUGAAGCCGCCUUGUCUCUCUAUAUGGUAACUGCAAUUUGUACUGUAAGAUUCUGAUAUUUAACCAUGCAAAUGAACGGUGGCGAAGCACAGAAUGUUCAGCGUUUAUUUUCACAUCUUUGAUUGUAGAUUGGUAUGUGAGCCUUCAAUUACCUACCUUUAUUUAUUAUGUGCUUGAAUUAACUAUGGGUUUUUAAUGACCACACUUACAUUAAAUGGCGUGCUGUCUUUUGACCAUCUAAAUGACAAAGUAGUAUGUACGUGUUCAGAGUCUUUGAGCCUUUGCCGUCUCUACCGUGACUAGAGCUGGAUUUCAUGUAUUCUCAGGUUUCUAGACAACAGGAGUCUGGGAGAUUGUUAAAGAUAGUGGACUGACUUAUAUUUCUCUUCAGUAGAAGAUCAUGUAGGAAAAUGCAGGCCUUGUAAGAACAUUUAUCUGACUUAAAAGAUCCUUUAAUAGUCUUGAGAUAGCAAUGGUAACUUUUUUGAGAAACAAAGUUUUUGUAUGAAUGUUUCGUAAAGUUGGGAGCUCUUUUAAAAUUGAAAUCCUUUGAGGUUUAUACAUACUGUUUGUCACGUUUUUGGAGUACUUGCUCUUUCAGAUCAGAUGAAGUCUUAAAAAUACAUGCUUUCAGUGUUAGCAAUGGCAUUGCUAAAAAGCUGCUGUCAGGAUAAGCAUUUGGGGUAGGGUUUUAUGACCAUAUUUGUUCUUGUUCAUUGUGGAAAUGUAUACUUGACUAAACUCACAGGCUGUGGAAGUGACUUGUAGUUCAGGAUAGACAGGUUUUGCAUGUAUUUAGCUAUAUUGUAUCAAAUUGUUAUUGCACUUACAAUAAGCAUUAAAGUUUUAUGAUCACUGAAUGCUAAGUAAAACUGAACAUUUUGUGCUCCACUUAUAAACAUUCCCUAUAAAUCAGUACUUGGGAAAUUUCUACUUUCUUAACCUAUUGAUAUAAGGAAUAAAGUAUGACAAGUUAUACGGA